CCGGGCCCGCGGAAGCAGCCCCUGGGCAGCCGCCGGGAGCCGCCGGUGCCGCCCGCCGGUGCCCCCGGCAGCCCCGGGGGAUGGCAGGAGUGCUGGGAUGCGGAAUGGGCACCGGCGGCCGGCGCGGGAACGGCGGCGGGGGAGCGACGGGGCGGAGGCGGAGAUGAUGGGGAGUGAGGAGCCCCGGGAUGCGGGAGGGGAGCGCGGGGACGGCAGCGAGGAACCGCCCGUGGCCAAGUUCGAGGUGCCCAGCCCAGAUUUCAGUUUCCCUGCUGACGAGCACCUGGAUGUUUACGUGUCGGCGGCCGAGAGUCCCGGGCACUUCUGGAUCCAACUGCUGGGCACACGGAGCCUGCAGCUGGACAAACUGACAGCUGAGAUGGGCCACUUCUACCAGAGCAGCCCCCCC